AUAACUACAAUCGUAGGAACAACGUCACGACUCGCUGGGUAAUAACACAGAUUUCGUUGUAACAGUCGUCGCCCAGGUCGGAGGGGGGAGAGGGUUCCGUCGAACUCGGGAGACAGAGAUAAGGAGAGAAUGAUGCACUGGGUUAGAGCUGAAGCCUCCGAUUUUGGCGGUAAUCCUCCGCUCGCUCGAAGCGGCCACACAGCCGUCAACGUCGGGAAAUCGAAGGUCGUCGUGUUUGGAGGCUUCGCUGACAGGAAAUUCUCGAACGAUAUCGCGGUGUAUGACAUAGAAAAUAAGUUAUGGUAUACUCCGGAGUGCACUGGUGUCGGUUCAGAUGGACAAGUAGGACCUAGUGCUAGAGCAUUUCAUGUUGCUAUUGCUAUCGACUGUAACAUGUUUAUCUUUGGGGGACGUUCUGGUAGCAAAAGAGUAGGUGACUUUUGGAUGCUAGAUACAGAUAUAUGGCAAUGGUCGGAACUAACCAGCUUUGGUGAUUUGCCAUCUCCAAGAGAGUUUGCUGCUGUUUCAGCGAUAGGAAACCGGAAAAUUGUUAUGUAUGGCGGAUGGGAUGGUAAAAAAUGGCUUUCAGAUGUGUACAUCAUGGAUACAAUGUCACUUGAGUGGAUGGAAUUAUCUAUUACUGGCUCAGCGCCACCACCAAGGUGCGGACACUCUGCAACAAUGGUUGAGAAGCGAUUGCUAAUUUUUGGUGGAAGAGGAGGCAGUGGGCCUAUUAUGGGUGAUUUAUGGGCCUUAAAGGGUAUUAUUGAUGAAGAGAAUGAGACACCAGGCUGGACCCAGUUGAAGCUUCCUGGACAAACUCCCUCUCCAAGAUGUGGUCAUACAAUAACAUCUGGAGGGCAUUAUCUGUUGCUGUUUGGUGGACAUGGUACUGGAGGCUGGUUGAGUCGAUAUGAUGUCUAUCACAAUGACUGCAUCAUUCUUGACAGAGUGUCUGUUCAAUGGAAACGGUUAGCUACUAGCAAUGAUCCUCCUGCACCUCGGGCAUAUCAUUCCAUGACUUCUAUUGGUUCUCGAUAUCUUUUAUUUGGUGGGUUUGAUGGGAAAACCACGUUUGGCGACAUAUGGUGGCUUGUUCCAGAAGAUGAUCCUAUAGCAAAAAGGUUGCAGUCUGCUCCAAACCCUCCACCUGAAAUCAAGCCCGUUGAAAUGAUGGAUGGGUUAGCAGAGUCCUUGCCAAAGGAAGUCCAGAAUGAACCAUCGCCCGUAGUUGAAUUGCAAAAGAAGUUGGGGAUUAUGCUUUCUUCUUCUACUUCUCAGACAAAUAUUGUGGAAGAAGUGAAUGACGAAGAACUAAUUGAAUUAUCAUCAAAGUUAGCUGGAGAAGCAUUGAGUACUCCAGAUCAUUACAUGUCCAUUCAGAUACUACGCGAAUAUUGGAAAAAUGCAAGUGCAAGUUCGAUCCAGUUGCAAGAGCUUGGACCACUUUUGCGAGAUUAUCAGCGUCUCAUAGUUAAUCAGCUGGAUUAUCUUAUAUCUGAUAUGCCUUCAAUCACAACGAACCUUACUAGACAACACCGUUUCUUCCAUUUGAAAAGUGCUUCCCAGUUGCGUAUGGAUGACAUACCUAAGCUUCUGGACGAGUACAGACAAUUGGUCUCUUAAUUUUGGAAGGUGGCUUGUAUUUGUCAUAAAAUCAAGGCUUCUGUGGGCACAGUGUCCUUCAUGGAGUUGUUCUUCAAAGUAGAAAAAUGGUGUCUCUGGAGCUACUCAAUCAGAAUUUGCAGGCUAGCAGUCAGCAAUAGUACCCUGGGAGAUCCGUGAUGAAAUUUACUCUCAAUAACUCAAUGCCUUAAGCAGCAGUUAAUGAGAUGGGAGGCAUUCUUCAUGUUCAACUUUUACACUUUUAAUUACUCCCAUUUGUGGACUUGGUCAUGGUGAUUUCUGUUUUAAAUUGAAUUCGAUAAAUACUAGGACAAAAAGUGUCAUGUAACUGAUUAAAACAUUUUGUUCAUUUCAACGCGCUACUUCUUGUGGUGGACUGCACUAGACACAAUUCUUUUUCAACAUUUAUUGCUAAAAUCCAGUUGUUUUUUUAGCUUA